GGAGCUUACUACACCAAGAGAUCAUUUGUUUUAUAAUUUAUUACUUACUUGAGAAUGAUAAGUCAUAUGGUCUCAUCAUGUACAAGCCUAAAACUGAUGUUUGCAUGAAAUGGCUAAGUGAUUGUGCUGAUGGAUCUGUUUGCGUACGUCUCAUUUGGAAGUAUGGCUGAAUUGAAAGAAGAGCAAAUGAACGAGAUAGCUUGUGGAUUGAAGAAAAGCAAUCACAACUUCUUGUGGGUAGUAAGUAGUGGCGAAGCCAGGAAUUUGAUAAAGAGUGCAAAUUUUUUUCUCAGUUGUGUUAAGGGCGUAUAAAAUUAAAUACACUCAUAAUAGCUUAUAUUAAGCCUCUAUACACAAUAUAAUUUUCUGAUAUAGGUUGCUCCGUCCAUGGUAGCAAGAGAAUCAGAAGAGCCAAAAAUUCCAAAAGAUUUUUUAGAGAACAUAAGGGAAAAAGGGCUAAUUGUGACUUGGUGUCCUCAACUAGAUGUGUUAUCACACAAAGCAAUUGGUUGUUUUAUGACACAUUGUGGAUGGAAUUCUACUUUAGAGGUCUUGAAUUUGGGGGUUCCAAUGGUAGCAAUUCCAAUAUGGAUUGAUCAAUGCACAAAUGCUAAGUAUGUCAUGGAUAUUUGGGAGAUAGGAAUAAAGGCACAAUCUAAUGAAAAGGGUGUUGUUAAACAAGAGGUUGUGGAACAAUGCAUAAAAGAAGAAAAAAGCAAAGAGAUUAGAAGGAAUGCCACCAAAUGGAGAGAAUUAACAAGAAAGGCCAUGGAUGAAGGUGGCAGUUUUGAUAGAAACAAUAAUGAGUUUGUUGCUAAACUGGUUGAUUCCUCUUGA